CCCAGAACUACCCCGGUAUAUAGUAUUUCCCAUUUUCCGCUUAGUGGUAAUGCGCGCUCUGAGUACACGGCGGUCCGGACGCUUUUUGGAAACACAUCGCGAUGGAGCACGCUAACAACCAGAACGCGCAGAAUGGUCUGUUUGCCGGCUUCCGUACCGGUUUCAAAUCCUUCGCCACGGACGCCAUCCACGUCGGACAGGAGCCGGAGCAGUGGAAGUCGAUGGCCGUGGUGCCGCCUAUUUCCCUGUCCACAACGUUCAAGCAGUUCUCACCGGGUGACCACGCCGGUUUUGAAUACAGCCGAAGUGGAAAUCCUACCAGGAACUGUCUGGAAAAGGCUGUGGCAGCUCUGGAUGGAGCCAAGUACUGCCUCGCCUUCGCUUCAGGACUGGCAGCCACAGUGACCGUCACUCACCUGCUGAAGUCGGGGGACGGGAUCGUGUGCAUGGAUGACGUGUACGGAGGCACAAACCGCUACUUCCAAAGGAUUGCAGUUGGUCUCGGCUUGGACAUUUCUUUUGCUGACUGCACAAAACCUGAACUCCUUAAAGCCGCUCUGAAGCCCAACACCAAAAUUGUCUGGAUCGAGACACCGACUAACCCCACCAUGAAGGUCGUCGACAUCAAGGCCUGCUCUGAUUUGGUGCACGAGCACAACAAAGAUAUCGUGGUUGUCGUGGACAACACUUUCAUGUCUGCUUAUUUCCAGCGCCCCCUGGCGUUGGGAGCUGAUAUCUGCAUGUAUUCGGCUACGAAAUACAUGAACGGUCACAGUGAUGUGGUGAUGGGGAUGGUCUCAUUGAACAAUGAGGGUCUGUGUGAGCGCCUGAGGUUUCUGCAAAACGCUCUGGGCUGUGUUCCGUCUCCCUUCGACUGUUUCCUGUGCAACCGUGGACUGAAGACGCUACACCUGCGAAUGGAGCAGCACUUCAAAAACGGCAUGGCGGCUGCUAAGUUUCUGGAGGCGGAUCCCAGGGUGGAGCGAGUCAUUUUCCCAGGUCUGCCCUCACACCCCCAGUAUGAAAUCGUGAAGAGACAGUGCACCGGAUGUCCUGGGAUGAUUUCCUUCUACAUUAAAGGGAAGCUUGAAAAUGCUAAAACCUUCCUUAGUAACCUGAAGUUGUUCGCUGUAGCAGAAAGUCUCGGUGGAUAUGAAAGUUUAGCAGAACAUCCAGCAAUCAUGACUCACGCGUCAGUGCCAGAAAAUGAGAGGACUAUUCUGGGGAUCAGCGACACCCUGAUCCGCCUCUCUGUUGGAUUGGAGGAUGAGGCUGACAUCAUUGAAGACCUGGAUCAGGCUCUGAAUGCUGCUCAUCCAAAGAGAUUGAAGUUGAGCGACCUGAAGAACUGAAGAUCAACAUCUGGUCCCUCGGUGGAUUAACAACCACUCACCAACAAACAAUUUAUUUUUGCUGUCCCUCUGCAAGUAAAUAAGAAAAAAACAAUUUUUUUGGUCAAGAAUCAUUUUAUUGAGCAUCAACUGUUUUCAUAUUUAUCAUCAUUAGCUGGUUUUGCUUUUUCUGUCUGUUUCCAUUUUUCUCUGAUGAGAAAAAAAUCCUCUUAAACGGAAAUAUUGUAUUUAAUAAAAAUCCAAGACGCAAAAUGUAAAAGACUUUGCAAACUUAAAAAAAUAUAUCACAAGCAAAAUGUAUAAUUGUGCUAAACUCAUGGGGAGUUAUGCUGCCACCUGCUGGCUAAAACUCCACAGUGCCACUUUAAAACAAAUGUCCUUCCAUUCACAAUGAUUAAAAAAUGUGAUAACUUUUCCUGUGUGAGCACCAUAUUUGUAAAGAACAAAAACUUGCAUAAAAAAAUUGAAUCCUGAGGAUUUGCUCUGCACAUGAUGUCUUAUUUUGAACAGAAUAAUCAGUCAUUUCUGUUUACAAGUUUUAAAUUAACUUUUUCUUUUUAGAUUUCUAAAAAUGUGUAAAGGGACUAAUUUGUGCUGAAAAUCUGAAAAAAGCAGGGCUCUUAAGUUUUUAUUUCCAUCCCUGCCUGAAUGUUAUUUUGGGAAAAUGCAUUAAAAUCUUUGCAAAACAAUUGA